AUGCCCUACCCUCACCGCCUUGGCUACCGGCUAGCUGGUCCUACCAUUCGAUCUCCCACUGAUGUCAUUGGUCCCUCCAUGGCCUCCAGGCUGGAGGGACGCCGGCAGUGCCCACCUCGGAAACCAAAGAAGUACUCGCGCAGUGCCUGCAGGGUGGGCGCAGAAAGGGAGCUGCUGCCACUGUCUGGAGGUUGGGCCCAUGGUGUCACUGGCACUGUGGCUAGUGUGCAGCCCCGGAGCCACGCCCAGCCCCAGCACAGCCCAGACCUGGAUGUCUUCACUGUGCCUCCUCGGCCCGCUGCCCUCUGCCUGUGCCAGGGCCUAGAAACAGUGCCCGAGCGCAGCCAGCAGAGUCCUGCUGGGACAGCAUCGAGCAAGGAGAGGGGAGGAAGAGGUGACCGAAUCCAAACUGCUGAGCCUCUGAGCCAGCAGGAGCGGAUGAGGGGUCUGGGCCUGCACAGGAUGCUUGAGUGUCACGAUGGGCGGGGAUCCUUAGGCCCCAAGCGCUCCGCGGCGGAGCUGUCCCCAAAUCUGAGCCCCAGCUUCUCCGGGCCCGGAAGGAAGCCGCGGAGGAGGAGAAGGUGGCACGGUGCCCCGAGCGCGCCUCACCUGCGAGCGGGCGCGUCCCGGGCUUCCACCCUCCGAGACCCGGGGCCUGCCCACGGGAAGGCGUGGAUUCGCCCCCAUCCUUCCCGCCCAACGCCCACGCCCACGCUUCCACGGCGCCGUCGCCCCAGCCCGCCGCCCGUGCAGGAUCGGGGGCUGCCCGGGCCCCUACAGCUCUCGCCAGCGCGGGUCCCCGGACCGCUGCCGGGCGCCUCCCCAGCCGCCCCGCGCCUCCCCCGCCGCCCCACUCCGGGACACGCCGCCGACAGGGCGGCGACUGGGGCGAGGGAGGGGCCGCCCUGCCCGCCUCCUGCCUCCCGGGGCCUGGAGCGCGCGUGGCCCCUGCGCCGCCGGCGCCGCGCGGGGAAUUGCUGUGCAGCGCUCCGAGCCCGGAUUCGGCUGGCUCGGCUCGGCGCGGGCGGGCAGGCGAAAGGAUGCUGGCGGGCUUCCCCGGGCUCUGCCCGCGCUCCCGCCGGGGAGGGCCCCGCGCGCGCCCCUAGCCGCCGCGGGUGCAGGGGAGGGGUCCGGAGAGUCGCGCUCGCCGCCGCCCGCGCCUGCCGGCACCGGAGCCGCAGCCCCAGGGCGGGCGCGCUGGGCCGGCGCCUCCGGAUCUCCCGGCCCCCGUCGCCGCCGCCGCCUCCUUCCCCCUGCGGCCGGACGCCCGCGGAUGCUGAGGGGCAGCGCUGCGCCUCUCAGGGCCGGAUCCCGGGCCUGACGGCGGGAGAUCGUGCUCCGGCCGGGGCCCCAGGCGCUAGCGGGGCGGCGCGGCUCUGCGGGGAGCAGCCCUCGGGCGCGUUGAGUCCUCCCACCCCGGCCCGCGCGGGAACCGUCCCGGAGCACGCGGUGGCCGAGUUCCCGCACAGCUCUAGAUGAUCAGCGCUACCUGUGCCCUGGAAACCCACUCUGUGUUCCUGCUGGAGGUGGCUGCCCCUCUGUCCAGCCAAGAAGAGGCCCUCAGACCCCCUCUCCCCCAGGUCUCAGAGAGCCCUGAGAGGUGGCCCC